UUUUCCGCUUCAAACAUUUAACAAUGGCGAGUACACGGACGCUCGUUUGGACAGACGACGAAGUUGAGCUGCUCCUGCGGGUGACUCUCGACUACAAGAAUACCAAGUCCCAGGAGAAUAUCUACUGGGAAUCCUGCCAGUCGAAAUACUACGACAUCUACCGCGAAUACGUGGAGCAGUAUCCGGCGUGCAGCCAGGAAAACGGCAAAGACUUUCCACACGAAAGCGUUAUAACAAAGGCCCAGGUAACGUCCAAACUAAAAUGCGUCAGAGGAAAAUACAGGCAGGCGGUGGACUCCGGGCGUCGGAGCGGCCACGGCCGCGUCGUGCUCAUCUACUACGAUCUCUGCCAACAAAUAUGGGGCGGGCCGCCGUCGACCAGCUCCCUGGAAGUCGGCCUUGAGACCGCCGAUCUGCGGGUCGGCGUCAGCGACAACACGGCGACCACCUCCCGGAGUUCCACGCCGCUGUCGGAGUUCGGCAACGGCAUCACCUACGCCCCCAUCUGCUCCCCGGAUCCGCCCGAGGUCGUCCGGGAGCGGCGGGACGGGAUCGUGCAGGCGAAGCUCUCCAAUCACAGGAAGGACCGGCUGAAAAGGAGAGGCCACUGGGAGUCGGCAGUGGAUGAAGACCUCCGACUGAAGAGGCGCAUUGUGGACAUUUUGGAGGAGUCUGAGAGGCGUAACAACACGAGACUCGACCAGAUCGCACAAAAUGUUUCCACUAUAACAGAGACUAUCAAGGAGGGCUUCUCCCUUCUCUGCACAAUGAUGCAGACGCAGCACGAUGAUGGGAAACCAAGAGAACCUUUUAAAACAGAGUCCGAAUUUUAAAGCCUGUGAUCAGAAAUGUAAACACAACAUGAAAAUAAAGUUCAUCUCUGCACCCAUAAGGUCAAUGUGAAUAUUUUAGGCAUCAAAACAAAGUGGCACAGUGCUAAUGUCCAAAAUAUUGCAAGUAAAA